AUGAAGUUCUCUAUGAUCCUCGCCGUCCUCCCUGUGGCUCUUGCUGCCACUGGAACCCUUAACGCCAGGGAUGCUGCCAGAGAGGCCGCUGCGCUUGCUGCUAGAGAAGAUGCCUGCGAGAAAUGGGCCAUGGGUAUGGUUUUUGCGACCCCUGCGAGUGCCAUCCCGAAUUCGCCAGAUGCACAACAGGUGGUGGACCAUAUGGUUGGUAAAUCAGCAGGCUUCUUAUAUUAA